UUGAUACGUUUUGAUAUAUUAUUAUUUUUGUUAAUGUACACGUUAAGUGUUUAUUAAUGUUCUUUAACGAAAUCAAAUCUUUCGUUUAAAUAUAAUUUAUUUUAAAUGCUUAGAAAGUCCUUCUCUUAUAACUGAAAUACGUAAAUAAGCAGCAAGAAUGGAAAUAUAGUAAUGUGUUGUAUUUUUAAGAUGAAUAUACAUAACCUAUUUCGUGUGUGACUAUAAAAUUAUAAACUUCACGUAUUGUUGCAUUGAAAUGUAAUCAUGUUACUGUUCAUUUUAAAUUUAUAGUUCAUAAUACGUCACGUUUCAUAUUGCAAAAUAAAUUCUUGGUUUCAUAACCUAUUCGUUAUAAUUCGUAUGUCUUAUACUAUUGAACGAUUUAACCAGAAUGAAUGGAGCAGUAUUGGAUGUUUCAAAUGAGAAUUUAAAGUCAAUAAAAGAGUAUCAGCAAAUACUUCUAAAUCAAGCACUUACACAGGGAAUUCAGAGAAAUGAAGAACAGUUCAAGGUAUGGAGUGAAUAUAAAAAAAGGCAUAAAAAAGUUAUAGAAGCACUUGAGAAAUUACCUUUAGAAGUAACAAUUAAUUGUAUGGUACCUAUUGGUAAACGUGCAUUUAUGAAAGGAAAAUUAAUACACACUAAUGAGAUUCUGGCUUGUCUUGGAGAUAACUACUUUGCAAAGUAUAGUGCUGCUCAGGCAAUUGCUCUAUGCAAUCGUAGAAUUGAAUCUGCCAAUGAGGUAUUGAAAAAUUUGGAGAGGGAAAGAAAUUUAUACGAGAUGAGACAAUUUAUCCCACAAGAAUUUGAUGUUUUUGGUGAGAAAGAAAGGACAGAUUUAGUAGAACAUUGGGAUGAGAAGAAACUAGAUGAUUGGAGAGCUGAACAUAGACAACGAGAAAAAGAGUAUCACAAAAAACUUUCUGAAUUAAGGAAGAAAGAAAAGACUGAUAUUCAAACUGAAGAAGAUCUCUUUGAAAGAUUAGAUGAAUUGGAACUUCAAGAAGAAUUAGCAGAUGAAAUAAACAGAUUAGAAGAAGAACGUGAAAAGUUUUAUGGAGAAGAAUUACAAGAAGGAGAAGUAUAUUAUGAAUCAGAUGAAGAAGAAAGUUCGAACGACGAACAUUCUUUAGAAGAAAUAGAAAAAGAAUUGAACAAAUUGAAAGAGAUUCGAAUGGGCAAAAAUGCAAAUGAACAAUCAACGGAAAGCAGCAUGCUCAAUACUACUGUACAUACAGAAAAGGAAAUACCUAGUAGUAAUUUAAAGAAAACUGAAGAAGUAGAAAAAACUUUAUUAAAAACUACUAGCGAGGUUUCCUGUACUAAUUACGAUGAAGAUAAAACACUUAAAAUUACUAAAUCAAAAAGUAUGAGUAACAUAAGUAACGAUGAAAUAAAAUUAAAGGAGAAAAGAAGAGUAUCGUUUGUAGAGCCAGAUUUUUCGACGUACAAUGACGAUAGUAAAAUAGUUUCUAUUAAAAAUCAGGAGGAACAAUGCACAGAAUUAUCGAGUGACGAUAUAGAUGAUUCAGAAAAUGAUAGUGAUAUUAUUCGAAUUGAAUUUAAACAUACAGACAAUAAUUUAUAUAUACCAGAGUUCACGGAAAAUAAAAUAACGUCUCCAAGAGAUAUAUAUAAAAUGUUUUCUAAACCAAAAUCUAUUUUGAAAAGAUCACCCAACGAUGUUAUGCCACCACAAAAUACUUCUUUACCUACAUAUAGUUCAGAAGAAGAAGAAGAGGAGGAUGAAGGCAUUAAACCUUCCGCGUAUAAUUUUAUUGUAAAGGACAUUUGCGAGAAGGAAUUAGCAACCUCUAAGAAGAAGAACGUCGAGAACACAGAGGACAAGAAACUAGUCAGUAGAUUUAGGAUGGAACGUUCCACGUUAAAAAAACGUGAUUUAUCACGAGAAAGGAUCCUCGGAAUAAAGGGGAAAAAGAAGGAGAAAGUUCCUGAUGAUCGAAAAGAAGAAGGGAUCGGUCUAACGAUGAGUGUCAGUAAAUUUCGUUACGCUCUUGUUCUGCUCGCGUUUACGCACGAAUUUUUGUUAAUAACCAGCAAGAGGGAAUCAACGGAGAUCGAGAUGUCCAAGGAGUAUUUGCAUCAUCAACAGAGUCAUCGGCAACGAACCUUUGCCAUGGAUCGACUGAUGGAUAAGAGCUCGCGAGAAGAGGAUUCGACAAACGCGAAGAAUUACGUGGUUUUCGUCGAAACACCGACCAAUGAGAAGGCACGAGGUGUAACCUCGGAAUUGGCCAGUAAGGAAAUUGAGAAAGAAUUGGAGACGAAUAUCGAGAAACCGCAAACGACUCAAAUCAGACAUGGCAGAUCUCGUAGUCAUUUCGUUAGGCAAAUCAAACUCGAAGAUCUGGAGUCGUUGCGCGUUAGGACGAAAAGAAUACACAUUUCUUCGAAUUUUACCGAUACGGAGAACGAGAAGGUGCUUGAAGAUUCGAAUUAUUCGAGGAGAUACGAGUCAAGGGAAGGAAGGGAAGGUAAAGGGGAUGAUACGACAAAGAAGGAUCGAUGGUCUUACGGUACCCCAGAGACGUGGACCGAGUCAACGAGACAGUUGAACGAGCUAAUUCGUAAAGUCUUUCGACAGCACGCUGACGUAGCUCGUGUGGAGCAUCGCGAGAAAGAAGAUAUCUUGGUGAACAAGUUUAAAAAAAUUUCUCGAUCGGAUAAGCAUCGAAUCGAGGAUCCGUUCGAUUCGACGGAGAAUUCGAUCAUCGCUUACGGCCGUGUUCUACACUCUUCUACGAUCGAUGAAGACUCCUCGAAGAUAGAUCCUAGCGAAAACGAUUUCGACGGUGUGUCUAUCGAGGAUUUCGAUAAGUUCGUUAUUCGUCAAGUCGUUGAAAACAGUUCGAUAAGUAGAAUCAAUGAUUACGAGGAUAUAGAGGAGAGUACAACCUCAGACGUUGAGAUAGAUAAUCUUUCCACGAAACGACAUCUCGAGAAGGAAUCCGUCCAAGUCGACAUUGUCACGAGGUUUCUUCGUAUAAUCGAGAAUCAACAUUUACUUGGGGAAAACUGUACCGCCGGUACUGAUCUCAAUCUCGGCGAAGGUGUCGUCGACCGUUACGCUCAAGAAAGGUUUCGGCUCGAGGCAAAUCUCGCGGUAAAUCGGGCCAACAUGCUCACCAGGUUAUGGAAAUAUGCACCUGAGGUGAUGCUUUCCUCGGAAUAUCUUCUACAUGCAAGCGUGCUUUCAAUGGUCGAGUUCGAUGAAGAUAUCUUUGCCGCCGGUAACUGUUACGACAAGCUUCAGUACAAAGAUCACUGGCUCUAUUGUCCCUUUGCUCAUCGGCUUCAGGAUCAGGAGGGUGUUUUAGUAAAGGACUUAGCGAUCGAGUAUAAGUACUUGAGCAACAGCAGCGAGUGGUUUUACAUUGCCAGGAAGAACGCCGAGAGGGUUAUUGCCAGUAACAACCAAUUUAGCCGAGGUUUACAUACGUAUACUUAUAACGAGAGCACCCAUACCGAACGGGAGGAGGACGAAAUACUUACUGUGAAAUAUGAGGAUGGCAGAUGGUCAAAACCUUACUACGAUUGUGGUGGUGGCAACAUUUGGAUGUUGACUUAUACCGUUCCUUUCUUUGGAUAUGUUAACGACACAUACUUUUUCAAAGGUACCAGUGGAAUUGAUAUCGAUUUACGAAGAGUCGACAUAGAUCAAUGCCCUUUACCACCAGGAUCUAAUCAGCUCAAUAUAUUCGCUGCCAGUGACAAGUGUAAAAAACGUACAACGAAGUGUGUGGCUAUUCCUGGAUUGGGUUUUCGACGUGGAAGUUACCGAUGUGUUUGCAAACGUGGCUUUUAUUACCCGGAUACAAAGUCAACCAAACGUUAUUACAACGGAACCGUGAUCGAAGAAGAGUAUGAAAAAUUGAUGAUGGGCGAAGAAAGUCAAUACGCCGUUGAAGAUUCCUUCGAGUGUCUUCCUUGCGCGGAGGGUUGCGAAUCCUGCGUCGAUGGCUCACCCUGUGUCGUGUCCUUGAAUUGGCUCAUGAGAACAGCCAUACUUAUCUUGGAGUGUUGCGUCAUCGCUUGUCUCCCUGCCGUCGCGCUCUUCACCUGGAAAUACGGAAACGUCAAGGUGGUUAGAGCUGCCAGCCCCGUUUUGCUGCGCGUUAUAGUACUGGGCGCCUUCUUCAUAUAUUGCACGACAAUAGUUAUGUAUCCUCAGCCAAACGUUAUAACGUGUACUGUUCGAGUUUGGCUCCGAGAAAUCGGUUUUUCCCUGACGUACGGUGCUUUAAUGUUGAAAACAUGGCGAAUAUCGGUGAUAUUUCGAGUGAAGUCGGCAAAGGCGGUAAAAAUUACAGACGCCAGUUUACUCAAACGACUUGGUAUCAUAGUUAUGAUAUUCAGUGUAUUUCUAAGUAUUCGUACUUUGGUUGCACCACCGGUAGUCAUAGUCGCACGUACAGCCGAUGAUUUGAAAGCGUAUCUUUGUCGAACGGAUUGGUGGGAUCACAGUUUCACGACGCUCGAGGUGAUGUUCCUUAUUUGGGGUAUCAGACUAUGCAUCGUCGUAAGAAAAACUCCGUCUGAAUUUAACGAGAGUCGAUUUAUAUCGAUGGCCAUUUACAACGAAUUUUUGCUAUCGGUCUUCCUCAAUGUUUCAAUGCUGUUUCUGCAAUCACCGGCCAAUCCGGAUUUAUUGUACAUCAUAUUUUUCUGUCAUACCCAACUAACCGUCACACUCUUGUUAUGUCUUAUAUUCGGCAGUAAGGCUUACGUGGUAUUUCGCGGUUAUGGCAAAGAAGAUUCAGCCGGUAAACUUUCUGGUCCAGCCAGCAAGUUUUUGAGUAAAAGCAGUCGACCUCAAGGUACCAGCAAUCAGACAAAUUCAAUAUCUCUCCAACAAGGUAAUUUCACAGAGGAGAGCGACGGUACUACGGAGGAAUUUCGUCGUCUGAUCGCUCAACUGGAUGUUUUAAAGGAGAAAAACGUUUUAUUGGGUAACCACUAUCUAGUCAGUAAAAUUGCAGCGAUGCAGGAAGCUGCAAAUCGUAGCGAAGCCCAAGUAUCGACAAUUCAAGCAAUCUCUACGAGCAUUAGACUGAACGAUCUUAACGGUUCGCGAACGGUCGUGGAAAGCGAAUUGGGUAUAUCAUGUGAAAAGGAUCACAAACUUAUAGGUAUUGGACUACAUGAGAGAAAGUGUCAGGCUUGUAUCGAGAAGAAUGGUCUUCGAAGCAAGGACCAACAUCGCAAUAGUGAUCCUAGUAGUAGCACCACAAGCAUACGAAAAGGAGAACAUUCGAAUUUGAAAGAAACCGAUAAAGAAGUUCGCGCUAGCGAUGGUAAGAACGAUGUUGGCGUUUCGACGUCCUCGAAACUAGUCGGCACCAGUGAGGACAUAGCCACGGAAACGAACCCUGAGCCGAACGGAAAAGAAAAUGAUGCAAAAGAUAAGUCCAAGAGCAAAUCCGGUCACGCCAGGACCCAUGCCAUUGUAAUCAACCUCGACGAUAAGAGCAGAUUCUCAGAAGAGGUCACCGUCUAAAGGUUCAUCGAGAUAACCUUCAGACCCUUCUCCUUCCUUCUUUUUCUUCAUGACGAAUGAACAAAUGAGAUUUACCAUGGCCAUCUUCCUUUGUCACGAUUUCGAUACAUUUAUUUCGUCAGUACUUCGAAAAAAAGAAACUAUUUUUUUUUUUUUUAAGAAUAAUCAUCGAUGAUAAAACUUUGUUUAAAAAACGAAUGGAAAACGGUUCAAGAUCGUCCUUGAAAAU